CGGUUUCAAUAUCAUCAAUCCUCUCAUCACUCACUUGUUUCAUUCAAUCUGUGAUACUUCAUUUCAAUUCUUUCUCUCAGUUUCUCUGUACGAGUUAGCAAUGGCAAGUUUGACACUCACCGGAUUAUUAAAACAAGUCGCCGGAGAAUUUCCCUCCCGGCGAGCAAUUUCAGUUUCUGGAAAAUUUGAUCUCACACACUCUCGUCUUCAUGAACUCAUUGAAGGGGCCGCUUCUCGCCUUGUUGCCGCCGGUGUUAAACCAGGCGACGUCGUUGCUCUCACCUUCCCCAACACCGUCGAGUUUGUAAUCAUGUUUUUGGCCGUAAUCCGAGUCCGAGCCACGGCUGCGCCACUCAACUCGGCGUACACCGCAGACGAGUUCGAGUUCUACUUAACGGACUCAGAGUCGAAGCUUUUACUCACAAAUAAAGAAGGAAACCAGCCGGCUCAAGCCGCGGCUUCGAAGCUCCAUAUUCCACACGUCACAGCCACUCUAUCACAAGCCGACUCCGAUGUCACUCUCUCCCCGACUCAGUCCGAGUCAGAUCCUAACUCGGUCUCUAAAAUCAUCAAUGACCCGUCAGACGUCUCUCUCUUCCUUCAUACUUCAGGCACCACCAGCCGACCAAAAGGCGUUCCCUUAACUCAGCUCAACUUGUUUUCCUCCGUACAAAACAUUAAAUCGGUGUAUAAACUCACUGAGUCAGACUCAACCGUUCUUGUGUUACCUCUCUUUCACGUGCAUGGAUUAUUAGCCGGUUUACUGAGUUCUUUCGGAGCCGGAGCCGCCGUGACUUUACCAGCCGCCGGAAGAUUCUCUGCUUCGACAUUUUGGCCAGACAUGAACAAAUACAAUGCCACGUGGUACACAGCCGUGCCUACCAUACACCAGAUAAUAUUGGAUCGCCACUUCAGCAAACCCGAACCCGUUUACCCGAUACUCCGGUUCAUUCGGAGCUGUAGUGCUUCGCUUGCGCCAGCCAUAAUGGCUCGGCUGGAGGAGACAUUUGGAGCACCGGUGUUGGAGGCCUAUGCAAUGACAGAGGCGACCCAUCAAAUGGCUUCAAACCCGUUACCGGAUAAUGGCCCGCAUAUUCCUGGGUCGGUUGGAAAACCUGUUGGUCUGGAGAUGGCGAUAUUGAAUGAAAAUGGAGAGCAACAAGAGGCUAAUGUUAGUGGAGAGGUGUGUAUUAGGGGCCCAAAUGUGACCAAGGGUUAUAAAAAUAAUCCCGAGGCCAAUAAAUCUGCUUUUCAAUAUGGGUGGUUCCACACCGGAGAUCUGGGUUAUUUGGACUCCGAUGGCUAUUUGCAUCUUGUUGGUCGGAUCAAGGAGCUUAUUAAUCGUGGAGGGGAGAAGAUAUCACCAAUUGAGGUAGACGCGGUACUUUUGUCUCACCCAGAUAUUGCUCAAGCCGUUGCUUUUGGAGUCCCCGACGACAAAUAUGGCGAAGAGAUAAAUUGCGCGAUUAUUCCAAGGGAAGGAUUAAACUUUGAUGAAGCAGAGGUGUUGAGGUUCUGCAAGAAGAACCUAGCAGCUUUCAAGGUCCCCAAGAAGGUUUUCAUCACCGAUUCUCUGCCGAAGACUGCAACGGGGAAAAUUCAAAGGAGGAUUGUAUCUGAGCACUUCCUAGCGCAAAUCUCAACCGCUAAAGUCCCCAAGUUUGGUGCCUAAUUGCUUCCUAUUUGUAGUUAAUCGUUGGAUAGAAAAGCACAUUUUUGCUUUCUGUCCACCUCGCAUGAUUAACAACAGUGGGGUCGUCUUAGGCCCCCUCUUGGGCUCAAAAGGAUGAAGUGUUUCUCUACAUUUUUGUUUGUUUCUAUUCGACUAUUGAUGGACCAAAAAAAUUCAAAAUAUAAUUAGCAACUGAAAAAUUGGCCAACGCCAUCAAUCUAAGCAACGACUGAAACCAACUUGGGCCCAACCCCUUUUGCCCCCCAAACAAAAGUUUCAUUUUAGUUGGCAAAAUUAGGAUUGAAAGACCUAACCCAACGUUAUCAGGGAUGAGUCUCUGUCCACAUGAAAUCAUCAGCAGUUUAUCAAUCAAAUAAUUACAAAGCAUCAUUAACAUUUUUUAGAAUCAACUAUCAGAAGCCUGAUGAUAUCCAUUACUAUUCAAAUCGAACAUGUUGGUAAACAGUACUAUCUAUAACAACAAAACAAAAGAGAUAUGCCACAGCAGUGGCAAAAUUGUAAAAAUCCGAACACCAGAAAAGGAUUUCAACUCCACUCCGAUUCAAUACUAGCAACAUAAAUGCAACCGAAAAAGUAAAAUCCAAACCCGAGAACUUCUUAGGCCUCCUGAUCUUCUUCCUCUUCAUCUUCAUAAUCAUAGCCUUCCUCAUCUGCAGUUGCAUCUUGAUAUUGCUGGUAUUCAGAAACUAAAUCAUUCAUGUUGCUCUCAGCCUCUGUAAACUCCAUCUCAUCCAUGCCUUCCCCAGUGUACCAA